AUGAGCACAAUGACUGAAGAAGACCGCAAAAUGGCUGUCUACACUGCGAACAGGAAGAAAUAUAACUAUACUUUGGCUGUCCUGAUGGCGAUGCGGAACGACUUCGAACCGGAAAAAUUCCUUAGUCUGUAUGAUGAUAUACACAAUCGAUAUCCUAUGCUAAUCCAUAAUCAUGUGAUUGACACGGCGAUCAUCAUAUGGAAAAAAUGCUUUGUUGUGCCGGACAAGGAUGUGUCUUUUUAUUAUAGGGAAUUGUACAAAUACCAUUUCAAUAUGAUAGAUGCACUGAAUGGCGAUUAUUAAACCGACUCAAAGUCAAAAGUCGCUAAUGCUAUGCAAGCAGAUCAUUUUACUAAAACGAUCAAAUUAAAAUUAACCUUGACAAAUGCUAUUCAGCAUUAGAACUUCAA